AUGGCAUCCCGGAAUCCUUCCUCAAGACUGUCUGCAAUAUCGUCACAUAUUCAGCAUAAUCCCGCCGCUAUGUCGUCCUCCACUCAAGAUGCCAACCAAUUGCCCUGGAAUCCUAACAACAGCAAGUUCCCUUCACGGAAGGAUCUCCCUCAUAUCCCCGGUGCACCAGAGGGUGCUGCUUGGGUUUGGGGGAAAGAUGAUCAGAUUGGCAGAUUGAACCUCUUGACACCACAGCGCGUCAAAGCAUCUGCCGCCGAGAUUGAGACCGGCGAGAUGAUUCGAUUGGAUCUUCCUCUCAAUGUGCCUACGAAGCCAGCUUUCAACCGCGAGGUGUUUCAGCAUAAUAUCAAAACUCUUGUUGAGAACGUCGCCUAUGAUGAUACUUACACCCUGAACACUCAGAGCGGAACCCAAUGGGAUGGUUUCAGACAUUUCGGUCAUAUCGAGAGCGGAUGCUUCUACAACGGCGCCAAAGGCACCGACUUCGUCGGCGAAACCGCCAACCACCGCUGCAGCAUCCACCACUGGGCAACACACGGCAUUGCGGGCCGAGGAAUCCUGCUAGACUACUUCCACUACGCCAAAACAAACAAGAAAUCCUACGACCCCUACACAACACACAGCAUAACCCUAUCCGAGCUCCAAGCCUGCGGAGCCUCCCAGGGUCUCGACCUGCGCCCAGAGUCCGAAGGUGGUGACAUUCGCGUUGGCGACAUGCUCCUCAUCCGCUCUGGCUUCGUCGAGCGCUAUCACGAGCUGAGCCCCGAGCAGCGGUAUGCAGCCGCAACACGCUCCCACGGGGACAUAUGCUUUGCUGGCGUGGCGCGUGAGGAGGCUCUCAAGGACUGGUUGCAUGAUUGCUAUUUUGCCGCUGUUGCUGGUGACUCGCCGACGUUUGAGGCUUGGCCGGUUACUCAGAAUGAUUAUCUGCAUCAGAGCUUGCUGGCGUUGUGGGGCUGCCCGCUUGGUGAGAUGUGGGAUUUGGAUACGCUUGCGGAGAAGUGUCGCGCUAGGGGGAAGUGGACUUUCUUCAUGACUAGUUCUCCGGCGAAUAUGCCUGGUGGAGUUGGCUCGCAUGCGAAUGCUACUGCCAUUCUUUGA